AGUGGAUCAAUACCGGUGUGACUUCUGGGGCGGGUCCUGGCACCAAACCCGCCCUGAUCGGCAGUAAGGCGGUGUAUACAGCGUAAAACCCCAGAAGUGAAGACAAUUCAUUAUAGAAGCGCAGCUCACUAACACCGAGUUGAACAGAAAUCGUUUGCAGGAAAUUGAUUUCGAUAAAGUUAGAAGCAUUAUCUGAUGGCUCAACAAGCAGCGAUAGAUCAACAACUUGAACAAACGCCCCAUCCUCCUCGGGAAGACAUGAUAUCGUGCGUAGGAGCAUUGGAAGCCGCUCUGCUUCCAUGCUUGCCUGCUAGAGAGCUCCAAGCAAUCGACCGUUCUCCGCAUCAGUCUCAUCAGAUUGAUGUGGAGAGGCAUGCUAGAGAUUUUAUGGAGGCUGCCAAGAAGCUCCAACUGUAUUUUACCAGUCUGCAACGGGAGGAUCAGCCAACAAAGACCGAAAUACUUAGAAAGGAUAUUGCUAUGAUGGAAGAAGAAUUGAAGACUAAGAACGAGAUCAUCAAGAAACAGGAGAAACUCAUUCAAGGAUGGAGGAAUGAGUUGAAGGACCAAUUGAAUAAACACAAAACGGAGUUGAAGAGGGUAUAGUCGGUGAUAAAGAAUUUCAUGUAUCUCUUAGCACAGCAAAGAAACAAGAAGAAAUGUUUGUUAUUUAUCAUUUAGUGUAGGAUCACGCAUAAUACCUCAGAGUAUUGAUUGCUUCCUCGUUUCUAUCGCAACAUCUACAAUGAAGCUUGUGUAACCUUGUACUUUAA